UUCGACGAUCCAUCCGAUAGUUCUCUUCGGCUCAGACAAACCCUAACUUAAGUUAUCUUCUUCCACGGACAGACCGAACCCUUAUCACAUAAAUCCGCUCGCCCAGAAUCAGAUCAAUCGAUCAAUCCUUUCCUUUCCCCGUGAUCAAAUGAUUGCCUUCACAGUGAAACCUCUUUUCAGCAUUGUGGUCCUCACUCUCACCCUCGUCGUUGCCACCUUCCUGAUAUCCCCUCCUUCGCCCUUUUCUCAAUUCUCCCUUUCUCCCACCUCACCCAGUCGAAAAUUUGAUAUUUGGAGUGUGCGAAGGCUUGUGGAAUGGAGACCUUGCAAAUGGUGGCUAGAUGGAGAUUUGACAGCUCUUCCAGCAAAGAAUAAUGGAUAUAUUAGAGUGGAUUGCUAUGGUGGACUCAAUCAAAUGAGGAGGGAUUUCUGCGAUGGUGUUGGCAUUGCUCGUUUGCUGAAUGCAACUCUGGUUUUACCAAAGUUUGAAGUCGCUGCAUAUUGGAAUGAAUCAAGUGGUUUUGCAGAUGUGUUUGAUGUCGACUACUUCAUUCAACAGAUGGAUGGCUAUGUUAAAGUUGUUAAAGAUUUGCCACCAGAGAUUGCAUCAAGAGAACCUUUUAGAGUGGACACAAGUAAACGGAAAGGCCAAUUUGAUUACAUUGAAAGUAUUCUUCCUUCUUUACUCGAACAUCAUUACAUUUCAAUCACACCAGCAAUGAGCCAAAGAAGGGACAGGUAUCCUCUGUACGCCAAGGCUGCCCUCUGUCAAGCUUGUUACAAUGCAUUACGCCUUACCAAAGUGUUGGAGGAGAAAGGUGCUGAACUUCUGCAAGCCAUACCAAAACCAUUUCUCUCCCUUCACCUUCGCUUUGAACCUGAUAUGGUUGCUUACAGUCAAUGUCAGUACCCAAGCCUUUCACCUGCCUCCUUGGAAUCUGUUGAUGCUGUCCGAGGAGAUCGAAAACCCUGGACUGGAGAGAUGGCCACAAUUUGGAGAAACCGUGGGAAAUGCCCCCUUACCCCAAGUGAGACAGCUUUCAUACUUCAAGCACUUUCCAUUCCAACAGACACAAAUAUUUAUCUGGCAGCUGGAGAUGGUUUGAUGGAAAUUGAAGGACUAACUUCUAUCUACACCAAUGUAUUUACCAAGUCUAGCCUCCUUAGUGGCGAGGAUUUCACAAGCAUGCAUGGGAAUACAAAAGCUGCACUGGAUUAUUAUGUAUCUAUCAACAGUGACUCCUACAUAGCUACGUAUUUUGGAAACAUGGACAAGAUGGUUGCAGCAAUGCGAGCUUUCAAUAGAAUGUCUAAAACUGUUUUCUUAAGUAGAAGAGCUUUUGCUGAAUUCACUUCGCAGGGAUUGAAAGGGAAGGAAUUGAUGGAAGCCCUGUGGAAGGUUCAUGGUGAUGAUUUUGGCAUGGGGAGAGGAUAUGCUUUGCCAGACUGCUUCUGUGAGUUCAAAUUGUGACUUGAGGUCCAGAUUAUCAUUCUGUCUGAUUAGUUUUAAUUUUUUUUUUGUAAUGUGUUAGUGAGGAUUAAAGUGCCCUCUCCAUACAUGUUUCUUACUCAGAAUAUCUGGUGGAGCCAGAGAUUCUCGACAUCAGCUACUUAAUUGCUUAUGCAAAUUCUGUAACUUAUAAUAUCGAUUUUGACUCAUCCCUCUAUUGAUGUGGUGAACUGGGGGCAGCCAAAAGGCAAAAUCUGUAUGUUGGGUUGGAGACAAUUUGGAGAUUACACGAAAAUGAAGGCAUCUUAAUUCA